CUAAGUCGAGUGAAACUCGUCUCUAUUAAUUCUAAUUCAGGUUGCUCUCUGACUCUUACUCUGCUUCUCUUUUCUUCUACCUUUCUCCCCUAUAAAAGGUUAUUAAAGCUCAGCGAAAGCCAAGAGUGAGCCAAAAAAAAAAAAAAAAAAAAUCUUCGUCUUAUUUGGAGUCCAGGAAAAAACGCCCUCAAGGGAUUUACGCUGUUUAAAGAAAUAACUCAAUUUGCAUUCUCUUAGGUGACACGAAAAGAGAGCCCAGAAAGGAAAUUUGGUGUCAAUUCUUUUCCAAAAAAGAAAAGAAAAAAAAAAAACCAAAUAUUUUCUCUUUUCAGUUUCAGUUUGUUGUUCAAACAGAGAAGGAGAGAGAGAGAGAGAGAGAGUUUGAUCCGUGCAAGCAACAGAAAAUCAGAAAGAUAGUUAUUCUUUUGAGUGGUUUUCAAUACGCGAGUUAGGCAAAAGAAGAACUGGGAUUUAAUAUCCGAGUCUUAAGUAGAGUUAAUCAAAUAAAGUUAUAAUAAGAGAAAAAGAAAAAGGAUGGAUUUUUGGCCAGAGUUUAUGGCGAACAGUUGGGGAAGAGAAUUUGUGGCCGGAGGCUUUGGAGGCGUAGCUGGUAUAAUCUCUGGUUAUCCUUUAGAUACUCUUCGAAUACGACAACAACAAAACGCAAAAAGUGGUUCGGCGUUUGGGAUCCUUCGCAAUGUCGUUUCGGCUGAAGGGCCUGGUGCGCUGUACAGAGGCAUGGCCGCUCCUUUGGCUUCUGUCACUUUUCAGAAUGCCAUGGUUUUCCAGAUAUAUGCGGUCCUUUCUCGAUCAUUCGACACAUCUGUGUCGCCUAAAGACCCUCCUUCGCACAAAGGAGUGGCUCUAGGAGGAAUUGGAACCGGGGCAUUGCAGAGUCUAAUGCUCAGCCCUGUAGAACUUGUAAAGAUUCGCCUUCAGUUGCAGAGCACAAGCCAAGCCAAAUCUCAUCAUCAAGCUCUUCAACCUCACAACGGCCCUAUUAAUAUUGCCAAAAGCAUAAUGAGAGCAGAAGGUUUGAGAGGAAUGUACCGAGGCCUAACCAUAACCAUGCUAAGGGAUGCACCCGCACAUGGUGUCUACUUUUGGACGUAUGAAUUCGUGAGAGAGCAGCUUCAUCCUGGCUGCAGAAAGAGCAGCCAAGAAAGCCUCAAGACGAUGUUGACCGCGGGAGGGCUCGCAGGAGUUGCUAGCUGGAUUUGUUGCUAUCCACUAGAUGUUAUCAAGACCAGAUUGCAGGCUCAAUCUCAGUCUCCUCCAAAGUAUAAGGGGAUUGUCGAUUGCUUUCGGAAGAGCGUUAGAGAGGAAGGAUACAGCGUGCUCUGGCGAGGAUUAGGAACUGCGGUUUCCAGAGCAUUUUUGGUAAAUGGCGCAAUUUUUUCGGCUUAUGAAAUUGCUCUGAGGUGCCUAUCCAACAAUGGAAGCCUUCAAAAAGAAGAUUCAAUCCAUGACAAACAGGAGGAAAAAUUGUCUUUGCCCGGUAAUGGGAUUUGAAGUUGCAACCACUAAUUUAUUCCGUUGCUCAACAUUGAUUUUUGAUUUUGAUAUUAAACUCAUAGAGAUCAGUUAAAAGAUCAAGCAUUUGUACUUCAGGUGGUCUUUGCUAUUUGUUACAGAUACCACCAGUAAAACCCAAGAACUGCAAGGUGAAAAACUGUAAUUUCACGCAAAGGCGUGCAAUGAAUAUAAAUCAACUACCAUAUAUAUUGAACAAAGAAA